CAUCACAGGUCCUUCAGCCCACUACCGAGGAAGAAUCACGGAGGAAGGUUGUGGAUAGAAGGUGGGAUGUGAUUGCCUGAGGAGACGGGGAGCGCUGUGAUUGGCUGGCGGCCUGGGCCGGUGCAUCAGUCACGCUGUGUGAUUGGCUGGCGGGCUUCUGUUUUAUGUUCAGGAAGUAAACAGGGAAUGGAGCUCCCUUGCACUCGUUUUCCGGGGUAUUUUCUGGAAGGCCCCACCAAUCGAGAGACCCCGGUUGCUGCUUGCGUCCUAGGGUACGGAGAAGAUGGUGGCGUGGUGGAGAGUGUCCGAGACCCAGAUAAGGGUUGCGGCUCUUUCAUCCCCCUGUACAGCAGGACGCGGCAGACAUGGACCACUGGAGAGGCUCUCCCCUUCCCCCUUCUUUCCCCCAACCGUGAUUGCAGUUUUGCUCCUGUGACAGAAUCUGAUUUGGUUUGUAAGAAAACAAGGUUCCUGCGACACACAAACCAGAACAUGGCCGGAGUGACCCUCUCCUUCAGCAAACAGAUGGGCCGCUUCUGUUGGGAUCAUAAUAGUAUUGCCUUUCAGUGUAUGGGACAAAUACUGGAACCGCAUUGCCACCUGGGGGACACCUUGCUAACGGGGAAGAGCCGGCGUAAUUCAGUGCGGAUGACCAACCUGAUGCAGUCUCUGCAGACCACACCCUUCCAAGAUUGUCCAUAUGCUCAUACCUCCUCCCUUGUGCGUUCCUUCUCUUAUCUUGCCUGUGAUUGGCUUCAGGAUGUCCCUCCAGGAUUGCUUGCAGAGCUGGUGAAUGAGGGCAUGGCUGAGGACUGGAAGACCUUACAGUUUCAGGCCUCUCUUACAGGGGGCGCUCUGUCCUGGACAUCCUACCCUGGGACAUCAUACGGCUGCCUCAUCUAUCCACGGGGAGCAGCUAUGAACCAACUAUACUUUCAGCAGCUCCUCCUGGAUCAAUCUGACGGACUAGGAGUAAAAUUACAAGGAGAUCCGGCUGUUUAUGAGCUGAAAGGGCGGAUCGAGCAAGUGAGCGCCGGGCACCAUGAGCAGACGUUGGUCGGUGUUCGUGCCUCUUUUCACUUGGCCUCCUGGAGUUUCUCAGCUGAUGAUCCUCCCAAACCUCUUAGUGUUUUGAGUACGAGGACCCCGAGCACAUGCAUCAAUGCCAGCCCCCACAUAGCAGGCGAGUUCUGUGUGUGCACGGAGAGUGGGACCCUAUAUCUAUGGAGCGUUGAGUCCGGGUUACAGCUGGUACGGCAGGACCCCAACACCUUGUUCUUCCGUGAUGACCCUAACUGGAGAUGGAGCGACUUCACAUCCCACCCACGGGUGCUGACAUUUGCUGACAGGACAGGGGUUCAGCUUGCGGAUAUAAGAGUUCCCAAUUCUCAGGGCCAGGAACUUUUUCGUAUUGGGCAGGAGUCUUCAUGUCGGAGAGGAGAGCGCGUUAUAUUACCUCGAUGUCUACGGGAGACUAACCCAGCGUACUGCCUGGUGAGCACUCAGUUCUCUCUGUACAUCAUGGAUGAUCGAUUUCCUCUGGUACCACUUGCCAGAUGGGACCAUAUGCUGGAGGCACCUCCCACAUACAUCAGCAUCAUCCCUGGUGUAGUCACAGACCACUGCAACAAAAUCCUGCUUGGCACUCAGCACAGUCAGGAGACACUGAUGGUGCAGUACUCGGGUGGCAGUUCCAGCUCUUGUCAGCUGCAUUUACCAGCCGUGUGUCUGCCACGGAUUUCGGAUUCUCUCAAUUACUUAGAUCCAUUGCUGCCCCAUCAGCAUGACACUGUUCUACAGAGGCUGCAGUUUCCACUGGCAGGUUUGGCAGCUGCUUCCCUGGGACGGGCUGAAGAUCAUUUGCUGGUUUUCCAGUUGACUGCAGCUGGUGAUCUCUUUGUCCAGAGACUUGUGCAGGAUGCGGCCAAUGCACCAAGUGACAGCUGUUCUAGACCGACCACUCUGAUCUAUUGUAACUCUGAGGAGCCAGCGGCUGUCCUCUCCCAACAGUCAGUCCCUGAGGAUGAGGUGGUAAACCACUGUCCUGAGUCCAUUCCAGAAGACACACGUCCCUCACGCUCACUGAAGGCUGAAUCUACUACCAUGUUCUGCCGAUGGCUCCAUGAUUUAUACAAUACCGAGACCAGGCAAAGACCAAUUGUCCGUCCCGUACGCCAGAUCCACAGGCUUUUCCCUUUUGAGAAGGUGAGUGAAAGCGCUCAGGAAGCGGACAGUCUACGGGAACGUCUGCGGGAGAGUAUGAGGCGGGGGGUGCUCCUGCCAUCACCUGCUGAAGCUACAUCCGGUGCCCUGGAGGGUAUCCAUCCGGAAAGCUGGAAAGACCCAUUAAGUCAGAGGCUGACUGCUUCCUGGGAGGAGAGGCUCGGAUUGUGGUGGGAUGAUCAGCUCGGAACAAACCUGGAGAGCAAGAUCCAGGCUCUUAGAGAAAAGCAACGCAGGCGGAAGCUGCUGCGAUCCCGAAGCCGGAGCACAUUAACUGGAAGCUUCACGGCCUCCAUCACCUCGGACCCGUAUGAGACCGAUCCCUGCUCUCCGUGGUCAUGUUCUGGGGCCCCAGAAGCUGACACUCCUGCUGACCUCCCACUGGAGCCAUCUAUAGGUCAGGACUAUUCUGCAGACGAAGCCUCUCAGAUGCCGACAACUUCCAGACUUUGCAAAAGCUCCGCUGUCAUCACCUCCUCGCAGUCUCUCCAGGCCAAAGGCAUACCGCACGAGAGGAGGCAGACGCUGCGAGAUUUCCUCUCGUUCCUAGGAGACAGUGAGACGCCCAGGCAGACUCCGCCACCCACCGCAUCCCAGUCACAGACUCUCUCCCAACGUUCUCAGCCUCCAAGUAAGAGAUCUCGGAUGGGAUUUUAACCAGGCAUGUUCCCCAGUAUGCGGGUCCUCCUGUGAUGGCCGAGGGCGGACCUCAAAUACUGCUGCGUCUCAGCAUGUCGACCUCCCGCCUCGCUGUGGUGCCUUACAGCAGGCAGCGCAGCUCUAGUUGUGACUGGAGCACAGAGGCAGCAGGGAAAGUGGAGGUCCUGUCUACAGGAGGCCCAGCGGCUGUAGAGCCGGGUCCUCACACUGCUCAAUGCUGGUUCUAUUUGUGAGUCAUAAAGGAAAUAAAUGUAAUGCUGAGUGUGAA